AUGCUGGAUUGCCUGAAGAAAAGACUGGAAGGCGCACAAGGAAAAUGGGUCGAUGAGCUGCUAGGUGUCUUGUGGUCGUUUCGCACAACCAAAAGGAGAUCAACCUACGAGACACCAUUUUGCAUGGCCUAUGGGACAAAAGAAAUCCUCUCUCCACACAUCACAGUCCCCUCCAUGAGCAUUGAGGUGGGCAAUCUUGACCAAAACUACAAGCAGAUGAAAGUUAACCUUGAUCUGCUUGAAGAAGAACGAAGAAGACCUUGUGCUCAGAAAGACAUUCAUCACAGCACCAAGGCAAGGGUCAAAGAAGAUGAAGCCCAACUAGGAAAGCCCCUAUGUGAUCAGCCGACUUGGAGGCAGAGGAAGUUAUGCCCUCGACACUCUAGAAGGGAAGGAAAUUCCGAGACAAUGGAAUGCCCACCACCUUCGGAGAUACUAUCCAUGAAGCUUCUCACUUACCAACUGGGUUCCUAG